AGGACUUACCAACUACAACAAGGAUUCCAAUUCAUAACAAAAAAGGAUUAUUUUUUCUCUCUAUAUAUACGCUCAAUUAUUCUCCCAAACUUCUCACAUCAACUCACUUAAUUAUUUUCUCUUCUACUUCUCAAUAACUCGUUUAAUUUUUUAUUUUUUUUCAAGAAUGGCAAUUCUCUCAGAUUACCAAGAAGAAGAAAAUCAAGAACAAAUCAUUAAGCCUAUUGAGAAAGUAGAAGAAAAUUCUUCUACUAAUUCAAAUUCAGCCCCUAAAGAAGAUGAAAAUUCUUCUUUAGUCACAAAAAAAGAAGAAAACAAGAAUUCAGCCCCUAAAGAAGAUGAAAAUUCUACUUCAACCCCAAAAGAAGAAGAAGAAAACAAGAAACUAAAUCCAAAUAAGUCCAAUGGAUUUGAUAUGGAGAAUUAUUCAUGGGGCCAAUCUCUUCAAGAAGUCACCAUCAAUGUUCCUGUUCCCCCAGGUACAAAAGCAAGAUUCAUAAUUGUUGAAUUCAAGACAACAUCCCUGAAAGUUGGACUAAAAAAUCAACCACUAAUCAUAGAUGGUGAAUAUUUCAAGGCAGUAAAAGUUGAUGAAUGUUAUUGGAGUUUAGAAGAUCAAAAAGAAAUAUCAAUUCUUUUAACAAAAAAGGACAAAUCUGAUUGGUGGAAGAGUUUAUUGAAAGGUGAAGCAGAAAUUGAUACACAAAAAGUAGAACCAGAACCAAGUAAAUUGUGUGAUUUGGACAAUGAGACAAGAGCAGCAGUUGAAAAAAUGAUGUUUGAUCAAAGACAAAAACAAAUGGGACUUCCAACAAGUGAGGAGAUUAAGAAUCAAGAUCUUUUAAAGAAAUUUAUGCAACAAAAUCCUGUUAUGGCUAAUAAUUUUGGUGAUGGUAAGAUGAGGAUGCCAAACUCUAAGAUGUUUGGUUAAUAUUGCAUUAUUAUUUUUAAGUAGGUUUUUGAUUAUUUUUAUUUUAUGUUAUAGUGUGAGGGGUUUGGAUUAUUAUUGGAAUUUUGUUGGGAUUUAUUGUUUGGUUUA